UGUGCUGUGACGCACUUCCUGUUAAAGAGAGACAGCAUGGCUUCUGGCACAGAGAUUGUUGCUCCGAGCUGUGAAGAGGAGAGCACAGAGACUCCAUCAGGACAGAAGAGAGAGGAGAGACUGAGAAAGUUCAGAGAACUUCAUUUCAAAAGGAAUGAGGCUCGUAAGCUGAAUCAUCAGGAGGUGGUGGAAGAAGACAAGAGACUGAAGUUGCCAUCUAACUGGGAGGCCAAGAAAGCUCGUCUGGAGUAUGAGCUCAUGGUGGACCAGAGGAAGAAGGAAUGUGCAGAGCGCGGGGAGGACUAUGCCCGUGUGAAGCUCCUGGAUGUCAGCGCUGAAGAUGCAGAGAGAUGGGAGAGGAAGAAAAAGAAAAAAAACCCUGAUCCAGGAUUCUCCGGGUACGCUGAGGCCCAGUUGAGACAGUACCAGAGACUGACAAGGCAGAUCAAGCCUGAUAUGGAAAACUACGAGAGACAGAGAGAGGAGUGUGGUGAAGAUUUCCACCCCACCUCCAACAGUCUGAUUCACGGGACUCACGUCCCCUCUAAAGAGAGCAUCAACCGAAUGGUGGAGGACGUGGAGAAACAGAUUGAAAAGCGUUCCAAAUACAGCCGCCGCAGGGCCUACAACGAUGACGCAGACAUCGAUUAUAUUAACGAGAGGAACGCCAAGUUCAACAAGAAGGCUGAACGUUUCUAUGGCAAAUACACAGCCGAGAUCAAACAGAACCUGGAGAGAGGAACAGCCGUGUAACCAUGGAGACUAUAAAUGGCACCUCUCCAUCUGCCAAGCAACCAUACAGACGUCAUUCGCUAAUAUUUAACCCUCAUGUGAAGUCAUUAACUCUCUUCUGAGGAUGUUUUAUUCUUCUACGGUGGUCUUGUAAAUUAAUAUUUGUUUGUUUGUUUUUUCUUUUUUAUCCUACUUUGAUUUUGGCAAAAUGGUUUUACCUGCAGUGAUAGAGUGGGGGUCUACCUGUCAGUGUUUUUGCUUUGGUGUGUGUAAAUUAAAUCUGUUUCCACAACAGUGGACGUUUAUUUGAAUAAAGACAUUUAACUAUGAUAUGCAGUUUAUGAAUUAAUGGUGUUGACGUCAUGUAACAUUAUUGAGUUAUAACAUGGACAUUUUUAAUUCUUAAUUGUGAUUGGUUGUCAGAUGUUCCAAGGCGUUAAUUGUCUUUAUUACCCCGCUUUCUGGACUACUUGAUUUUAACCAAACGCGGCAUUCAGCUAUUUUCGAUUCAUUGUCUCUGUACCAUAAAAUACCGUCCAGUUGAUUAUUCUAGUUUUAUACAUAAUAAACGUAUAUUAUGAAUAAAACAAU